AUGUCAAUUUCUUCUGGAUCACCAGAUAAUAAAUUCAGAAAAAACAGUAUUGAAAAUGGUAAUGACAUUAAUAAGAAAUCGGAAUUAUCAUUUUUGAACGCAUAUAUUCCGACUAAACACUUAUCUGUUUCUUCUCCUUUCAAACAUAAUAUUUCUGUAUCGACUUUUAGCACAACAGACCAUGAAAAAAUAUACAAAAACCACAACUUAUCAGAUUCUUCAAAAAAUAGGAAUGAAGGAGUUGAUAAUUAUAUGCGUAAAGACUAUACAUCAGAAUUAUCUCUCUCGUCUAUUAAUAAAACUCAUGCGCUUGAGAUGAAACGUCAGCAAUACGAAUUGCAACGUAUUGAACAUCGUCGACGAUUUGAAAAAGAAAUGAAAUUACUAGAACUUCGUCAGAAACGGGAUGAACAAGCUUUAUUAGGUUAUGACGAUGAUACUAUUGGAAGUAUAUCAGUAAACAGUGCUCCCAAUACGCCGCCAAAUUUACAAAUUCCAUCCGAUACACGUAUGUAUUUUACUUCAGUUCCUAGACUUACAUCGCCUUUACAAUUUUAUGAACAAUUUCAUAAUGGGGGACAAUUAGCAACUCCACCGUCAGAUGAUAAUUCAAGAUCGUCUCAAUUUUCCGAAUCACAUAAAGAAUUAGGAGAAUCGGAAAUUCUAAUGAAAAAUCUUAAUAUCAAUUCUUAUAAUAGUAAUAAUAAAAGUUUAUCAGUUCUGCAAGGAAAUAAUGAAAAUUACAAUAUUUUUCACGAUGAAUUUUCAAAUAACAGACAAUCAUAUCUACAUCAAACAUCUACAUUUGAAAAUAAUAUGAAAAAUAAAGAAAAAACAUCGCCUUUUGUUAAAAAAUAUUUAGAAAUGGAAACAAUUAACGAUAAUUUUCCAAUUCUAAUUAAACGAAACAAUUUUCCUGAAAUGUUUACUUCGUCAAAUACUACUCUCAAUUUAACUCGCUCAACACAUCAGGAUUCUCAUGAAAAAUUUAUCAAAUGUGAAUCUCAAAAUACACAAAAAGAUACUAAUUUGGUAUAUUCUUCAUUAGAUGCUAGUUGUGGUCAUCCAUCUUUUUCGUUGAAAGAUGAAAACCUUGUAUCACCCAAAUUUCAUUCUAUAAAAGAAAAGGAUUCUUCUAAUCAGAAUUUGCAAAGCUCUAUGAAUAUAAAUUAUACAUCCUUUACAUCGAAAAAUCAGCCAUCUCUAUCAACAUCUAGUGCUUCUACUGCUUUUAAUUAUUUAAAACCAAAAUCAGAAAACUAUUCUGAAUCUAAUAAACAAUCUAAUAGUAAUUCCAAUAAUGUAUCUCAGUCCCAAUAUUCAAUAGGGUUUUUGCUUCCAAAUGCUAAAUCUCCUUUAAAUGUUCCUAUUCUUCCAUCAACUGUUUCUUCUUUACAUUCAUCUAAUAUAUAUGGAAAAUAUGGUAUCAUGAAUCUUCCUUCAUCAUAUCAAUCUGCUACAUACGGGUCAUAUCCACUUUAUUCAGCGAGUAAUCAACCAUCAACUGAAACAUCACAAACUUCUUUUACGUAUGCAAAUAAUAGAGGAACCAAUCAUAAAAAGAAUGCAAAUUCUGAUGGAAAUAGAUUUACAGGUGCAGCAUUAGAAGCGUUCGUAGGUGAAAUCUAUUCUCUUUGUAAAGAUCAACAUGGUUGUCGAUAUCUUCAAAAAAAACUUGAAGAACGUGAUCCUCGAAGAACAUCAAUAAUUUUUAUGGAGACCUAUCCCCAUGCUGUAGAACUUAUGACGGAUCCAUUUGGGAAUUAUUUAUGUCAAAAACUUUUAGAACAUUGUAACGAUGAAGAACGUACUACAAUUGUACGAUCUGUUGCUUCUGAUUUAAUUCCUAUAUCAUUAAAUAUGCAUGGAACUAGAGCAGUCCAGAAAAUGAUAGAAUAUCUUUCUACACCUGAACAAAUACAAAUUAUAAUUAAUGCACUGAAUUCUAAUGUUGUUACUUUAAUUAAAGAUUUAAACGGAAAUCAUGUUAUUCAAAAAUGUCUCAACAAAUUAUCUACUAAUGAUAUACAGUUUAUAUUUGAUGCUAUUUGUUCUAAUUGUGUUGAAGUUGCAACUCAUCGUCAUGGAUGUUGUGUUCUUCAACGUUGUAUUGAUCAUGCAUCUGAUUCUCAAAAAAUACAAAUUGCCAAAGAGAUUACGAAUAAUGCUCUUAAUCUUGUUCAAGAUCCUUUUGGAAAUUAUGUUGUUCAAUAUAUUUUAGAUCUUGGUGAUGCUAGGUUUAGCGAACCUUUGAUUCAUCGAUUUAUAGGAAACGUUUGUCUUUUAUCAGUACAAAAAUUUAGUUCUAACGUCAUAGAAAAAUGUAUAAGAAUGGCUGAGCCUCCAACACGUAGUUUACUUAUUCAAGAACUUCCAAGAAAAAUAGCAAGCUUGAUUCGAGAUUCAUAUGCCAAUUAUGUCAUUCAAACUUCAUUAGAUUAUGCUGAUUCUAUUCAACGAAAACAAUUAGAAGACUGUAUUCUUCCAUUGCUUCCAUCCAUUAGAUCAACUGCUGUUGGGAGGAAAAUAGCCAUGAGAAUUGAAAAAAACAAUAGUCUUUGUGGAAAUAAUGUUACAGGAGUACUUGAUAAUUCUUCACGAGAAAAUUCAAAUCCUCAUCAUACAAAUGGACUAGUAUCAACUUCUAAAAAUAUACAUAUGUAUCUUCCAACUCUUCAUCAUUGUUCAAAUUAUAAUAAACAGGAAUAUUCUUUAAUGUGA